AUGGUUCAAGUGGGUGAUCGAAUUCUGGUCGGUGAAUAUGCAGCCACUGUGCGUUACAUAGGGAAUGUGGCGGGUCAUCCAGGAGUUUGGGUAGGCGUGGAGUGGGAUGAUCCAAGCCGCGGAAAACACGAUGGGCUUGUUAACGGCAUACGAUAUUUCACUACAUCGUCAGUUUUUACAUUGGUUUAUAAAUUGGCCUAUUCGCGCAAAUAA